AUGGCUCCAACGACACCUUCUACUGCGAGGCAAGUUGAAGCGCGAGAAGUCGGCAAUGGUACGAGUGAAGCUGGCAAAAUUGUGGGCUCCAUUGUCUCCGAUGAGGAACGAGAACAUCUCAGUUUACCGGUCUACAGACUGCCCACAACACCCUCAGUUGAUCAGCAUCCCUUUUUUGUUGCUCUCGGCUCCACUGCAGCACCGACAACUAAGCAUGCAAGUACGUCACAAGCCUUGAUGAUAACACUGGCCGUGUGUUUUGGUUUGGUUUUCGCCUUUUGGAUGUGCAAGAAAUGCCUUCCCAAACGCAAAAAACGAACAAAGAAGGGCGUCAACGUUGACGCUGAUGACAGUAAAGUCAUCAAAUUUGCCUCCUCCUUAAACAAACAAAUGGAGGACACUCAAGGUCUGACAGAGAACAUGGAGGUAAAUGAAAAGUCGGAGCGCGAAAAGGAGAAGGUCUAUUUGGGCUCGUUGCAGUACUCAGUGGAGUUUGAUUUUCAAAAGAAUGAGUUAACUGUUGGAAUAAUUCAAGCUCGUGAUCUGCCUGCCAUGGAUAUGUGUGGCACCUCCGAUCCCUAUGUCAAGGUUUUUCUCCUUCCAAAUAAAAAAAAGAAAUGUGAAACCAAAGUGCAUCGCAAAACCCUCAAUCCAGUCUUCAAUGAGACCUUCGUCUUCAAGCUGCCCUACGCGGAGGUGUCGGGCACCACGUUGGUGCUCUACGUCUACGAUUUUGAUCGCUUCUCCAAACACGAUCAAAUUGGUCAACUGAAGAUUCCAUUGGGUUCAAUUGACCUCUGCCAAACCCUCGAAGAGUGGCGUCCCAUUGAACCAACCGACUCGGAGAACGAAAAGGUACAUUCUCAUGCGCGUAUUUUUUUAGCUCGAGUUGGCACUUCUCAGUUUGAAGGAAAAAAGGAAAAUCGACUCGGUGACAUUUGUUUCUCUCUGCGUUAUGUGCCCACUUCGGGAAAAUUGACAGUUAACAUAUUGGAGGCCAAAAACCUUAAAAAGAUGGAUGUCGGUGGCCUAUCAGACCCCUACGUAAAGCUCUCCUUGAUGCUGCAAGGCAGACGAAUAAAGAAGAAGAAGACAACAAUUAAGAAGUGCACACUUAACCCCUACUACAAUGAGUCCUUCUCAUUCGACGUUCCUUUUGAUCUCAUUCAGAAAGUAAAUCUGAUCGUAACCGUUGUGGAUUAUGACCGAGUGGGCUCCUCCGAUCCCAUUGGUCGAAUAGUUCUCGGCUGCAAUUCAACCGGCGCUGCGCUACGUCAUUGGUCAGAUAUGCUAGCCAAUCCGCGUCGACCAAUUGCACAAUGGCACACACUGCAAGAGAUUCAGGAGCACAAUUGA